CGGAGCAGGCCGCGAGGUGGGGAGGGCCCGGCAGCCCCCGCCCCGCAGAGAGGCGGCGGCCGGUCGCAGCGCGGUGGCCCAACGGGGAGGUUCCUGGCGGACUGGGGGCCCCCCCGAGGUGAGAGAGGGUGGGGUCGGACGGCUUUACAAAGCCGGAGCGCUCGCCCCACCAACCGCAGGACCGCCAGACUUUGUCGCCGCGCCUCCAGCGUCUGCAGAUUUUAUAACAUUCAAGAAGCACAUGAAAGGGAGCUCUCUCAUCAAGUAUUCUUGAUUAAGUUACGAAAAUGGAACGGAAGUUCAUUCUCCCCCUUCGUAUGGUAAGUCCAGCUGUGAACAGGGUAUUCCGUUCUUCACUUCCAGAAAGCCAGCACGAACCGAAGUUUGGAUAAUGUGUUGCAUCCUUUACAUUUAUGUUCUCAUUCUGCAUCUAAAACAAAUACCCUGUGAGGAGAAACUACUCUCUUGAGCUGCAAAAGACAGAGUUUUAUAAAUGGACACUGACAUGGACUACGAAAGGCCCAACGUCGAAACCAUCAAGUGUGUGGUCGUGGGAGACAACGCCGUGGGGAAGACGCGCUUGAUCUGUGCCCGAGCGUGUAACACGACCCUCACGCAGUAUCAGCUGCUGGCCACCCACGUGCCUACCGUGUGGGCGAUCGACCAGUACCGAGUGUGCCAGGAGGUCCUGGAGCGGUCCCGGGAUGUUGUGGAUGAAGUGAGCGUUUCUCUCAGGCUUUGGGAUACUUUUGGCGAUCACCACAAGGACAGGCGUUUUGCAUAUGGCAGGUCUGAUGUUGUGGUCCUCUGUUUUUCGAUUGCUAAUCCCAAUUCCCUAAAUCAUGUGAAAACCAUGUGGUAUCAAGAAAUCAAGCACUUUUGCCCUCGCACACCUGUUGUCCUAGUUGGCUGCCAGCUAGAUCUCCGUUAUGCUGAUCUUGAAGCUGUUAAUCGAGCCAGACGCCCUUUAGCAAGGCCCAUAAAGAGAGGGGAUAUUCUGCCCCCUGAGAAAGGCCGGGAGGUUGCGAAGGAACUCGGCAUACCGUACUACGAGACAAGUGUCUUUGACCAGUUCGGCAUCAAGGAUGUGUUUGACAAUGCAAUCCGAGCAGCGCUGAUUUCUCGCAGACACCUGCAGUUCUGGAAAUCCCACCUAAAGAAAGUUCAGAAACCUUUACUUCAGGCACCAUUCCUACCUCCAAAAGCCCCUCCACCGGUCAUCAAAGUUCCAGAAUGUCCCACCACAGGGACGAGCGAAGCUGCCUGUUUACUGGACAAUCCUCUGUGUGCCGACGUCCUGUUCGUCCUUCAGGACCAGGAGCACAUCUUUGCACAUCGAAUUUACCUCGCUACCUCCUCUUCCAAAUUUUAUGAUCUUUUUUUAAUGGAAUGUGAAGAAGCCCCAAAUGGGAGUGAAGGAGUUGGUGAGAAGGAGAAGCAGAGCAGGGAUGUCCAGGGGCGGGCUUGGAGCCUUGACCUCGAUGAAGAGAGGGAAGAAGGCACGCCCAGGACCCCUCAGACCAAUCAGUGGAAGUCCUCAAGCCAGAACCUGUCCCAGCAGGAAAGUCUGGGGCUAGAAGGCGAGAGCUCCGUUCCAGAGAUGCAGACUUUGUCAGGCUGGAGCAAGGGGUUCGUCGGCAUGCACAGGGAGAUGCAAGUCAAUCCCGUUUCAAAGCGGGUGGCCCCCAUCACCGUGGUCAGGAUGGACUCCUCCGUCCAGCCAGGCCCUUUCCGGACCCUGCUCCAGUUUCUGUACACGGGACAACUGGAUGAAAAAGAGAAGGACUUGGUGGGCCUGGCUCAGAUUGCAGAGGUUCUUGAGAUGUUUGAUUUGAGGAUGAUGGUGGAGAACAUCAUGAACAAGGAAGCCUUCAUGAACCAGGAGAUUACGAAAGCAUUUCAUGUCAGGAAGGCCAAUCGGAUAAAAGAGUGUCUCAGCAAAGGGACAUUCUCAGAUGUGACAUUCGGGCUGGACGAUGGAGCCAUCAGUGCCCACAAACCAUUGCUGAUCUGUAGCUGCAGGUGGAUGGCGGCCAUGUUCGGGGGCUCAUUUGUGGAAAGCGCCAACAGUGAGGUGUAUCUCCCGAACAUAAACAAGAUGGCAAUGCAAGCGGUCUUGGAUUAUCUUUAUACCAAGCAGUUGUCACCUAAUUUGGACCUGGACCCACUGGAAUUAAUUGCCUUGGCAAACAGAUUCUGCCUGCCACACUUGGUUGCACUUGCAGAGCAGUAUGCUGUCCAGGAGCUGACCAAGGCCGCGAUGAGUGGUGUGGGCAUUGAUGGGGAAGUGCUCUCGUAUUUGGAAUUGGCCCAGUUCCACAACGCCCACCAGUUGGCCGCCUGGUGUCUGCACCACAUCUGCACGAACUACAACAGUGUGUGUUCCAAGUUCCGCAAGGAGAUCAAAUCAAAAUCUGCAGACAACCAGGAAUACUUUGAGCGGCACCGCUGGCCGCCGGUGUGGUAUCUGAAGGAAGAAGACCACUACCAGCGCGUGAAAAGGGAACGCGAGAAGGAAGACAUUGCACUAAAUAAACAUCACUCGAGACGAAAGUGGUGCUUCUGGAACUCGUCUCCAGCGGUCGCCUGAGGAGGAAGAGAGACAAAAAUCAGUAAUCUGACACACCACUUUUAAAGGCACUACUGUAAAGUUAGUCGUAUUAUUAGCGAUAAGUCGUAGUUCAGGUUUCAGGCACUGAUCUCCCUCCACUGUUGUGCAUUUAUAACUUUGUUGGGAUCAAAGCACGAGCUCCCCACCAAUGAGCCUGGACAAAAAAGGGAAGUUGAUGCUCACUGCAUUCCUUAAACUUAUAUGUAUAUUUUUUUGUUAGAAGGCUUAAUAAACUUUAGUCCGUUA